AUGCUGGCGCCAUGUGCGCUGGCGCCUACCGGGCUGGCGCCAAGUGCGCUGGCGCCUAGCGCGCUGGCGCCGUGUGCGCUGGCGCCUAUUGUGCUGACGCCAAGCGCGCUGGCGCCAUGCGCGCUGGCGCCUAUUGCGCUGGCGCCAUGUGCGCUGGCGCCUAGCGUGCUGGCGCCAUGCGCGCUGGUGACAUGUGCGUUGGCGCAUAUUGCGCUGGCGCCUACUGGGCUGGAGCCAAGUGCGCUGGCGCCUAGCGCGCUGGCGCCGUGUGUGCUGGCGCCAUGUGCGCUGGCGCCUAGCGCGCUGGCGCCAUGCGCGAUGGCGCCAUGUGCGCUGGCGCCAUGCGCACUGGCGCCAUGCGCGUUGGCGCCAUACGCGCUGGCGCCUAUCGCGCUGGCGCCGUGCGCGCUGGCGCCGUGCGCGCUGGCGCCGUGCGCGCUGGCGCCGUGCGCGCUGGCGCCUAUCGCGCUGGCGCCGUGCGCGCUGGCGCCUAUCGCGCUGGCGCCGUGCGCGCUGGCGCCAUGUGCGCUGGCGCCAUGCGCGCUGGCGCCUAUCUCGCUGACGCCUUAA